AUGGCAGGCCUUGACGGCAUGGCAAUCAAGAUGCUCAUCCCUGGCAAGAACAAGGAUGCACAGCGCCUUGUGGAGUGGGUGGAGUAUGGGCUGCAUGAUGCGCUGGGCCGUCAGUAUCUGGAAAGCAUGACUUUUGGGGUUUCCCAGGAUGCAGAUCAGACGGAGCUCUUGGAGGAGUUCUCCUACAAGUUUGCCUAUGACAUGCAAGACGGUCUCACAAUGACAGACAAACACGGCAACAGCAUCCAGCUGCCCGCAUCCCAGGCCUCACAGACCAACAUCAAGACUGUCAAGUACCAGAUCGUGCGCCUCAUGCGCACCCUCAUCCAAGUCUGCACCACCUUGGAGGAGCUUCCACGCGAGCGCUAUGUGUUCAUGAAGCUCACCUACACUGAUGACACCCCGCCGGACUAUGAGCCACCAUACUUCCGCAAGCUGGAGGACGCAGAUGCCAGCCACUUCUCUUCUCGGCCAUUUGCCAUGUCUGUUGGCGGAGUGCAGACAAACUACCAUGGUGUCUCUGUGAUGGUUCGGAGCCUGUACGAUCCCCUGGACGAGAACAGUGAGGUGCAAAAGGAGGGUCAGAACAGCACCUUUGCUGAUAUUCCUCUGCAAGACACACUGGCAGAUUGUGCAGCUUCACAGGUUCCCAUCAAUGACACAGGAGCAGAGAAGAGCAACAAGGCCACACCUGCAACCCUUACCUCUGUGCUGCCCACUGUCAUGUCCUUCUGCAAGGACGGGGAUAAGUCCACCGUGGACUUUGCUGAUGUGUUGGCAAGAUUCACUGACACCGAUGUUGGCACCCUGGAAAGGAUUGCUCUACCUUUGCUGAGGUGCACAUGGCAUGCAGGUUCGGAGCGCACAUUCUCCACAGUCCACAAGGCAGCUGACAGUGCGGCAGUGCUGGCACCCGAGGGAGCAGCAGGGCCGGAUCAGCUGCAUGCUGCCGAGAGCCCGCGCAUGUCAUUCGUGUACCAGGGCACGCAGCAGAGCAACCAGCGGGGGACCAAGCGCAAGGCUUCCUGUGCAGAGGACCCCAUCCACCAGCGCCUGGAGCAGCCCAAGCAGUCGCGCCUGCGCCUGCAGAAAUCCCAGCGCCGCCACUGA